AAAUGAAGCUGAAUUUAUUUAUAACGAAAAUUAUAUGUUGUGUGCAAUGAAAUCCAUUAUUUAGUAAUUUCAACCUCCACAAAAUGGAUUGUGGAACAGAUACUUGUGUACAAAAUAAUGAGAUAAAUGAAAUUGUACAUGAAAUAGUAAAUAUCAAAUCAGAAAUAUGUUCAGAAGACGAAACUACCUCUACAAAUUUUGAUCCUCUAGAGUACGAGAUAAAAGAAGAGAUCAUUGAAGAAGACUCUCAAGACCAGAAUAGCAUAAACGAAAAACCCUUCCAAUGUACCUUCUGUGACAAAUCCUUCGAAUACAAUCAUGCCCUUCUACGACACAUCAGAACCCACACAAAUGAAAAAACCCACAUCUGCAAUGUAUGCGGCAAACAAUUCAGUCGUAAACAUGUCCUAAAAAUACAUUAUCGAAUACAUACAUCUGAAAAGCCUUAUAAAUGUUCAGAAUGUGCCAAGACAUUUUCCCAACGAGGCCAUUUGACUGAACAUAAGAAAAUACACACAGGGGAACGUCCACACAAAUGCGAUAUCUGCGAUAGAACAUUCUUAGUUAAAAGCAAUUUAGUCUCGCACCUCAGAACGCAUACUGGUGAGCGCCCUUUUAUGUGUAAUAUUUGUUUCAAGUCUUUCAGGCAAGCGUCGAGCUUAUCGAAUCAUAUGUACCUUCACUCAGCUGAAAAAUCAUUUAAAUGUCCACAUUGUGAAAAAGUUUUCACGCAACCGAGUAAUUUAACUAAUCACAUGAAAAGCCACACUGAAGACAGGCCUUUUAAAUGCACGUUUUGUGAUCAAGCUUAUACGAACUCUACUGGUUUAGAAAAGCACAUCAAAAUUCAUGACGUUGAUAGAAAAUAUAAAUGCUCGUUUUGUGAAAAAUAUUUUAAAAACCCAAGUAGUUUACAGAGACACGAAAGAACUCACUCAGGGGAACGACCUUUUACAUGCCAGAUUUGUUUUAAGACCUUCAGUGACGAGUUUAAACUUUCAAGGCAUAUGAUGAGCCAUGCAGACGUAGAACCUGUACAAUGUCCUCACUGUGAUAGGAAAUUUAAAUAUGCUGCGAGCUUGUUGAGACACCAGAAGAUCAAUCAUAAGAUGGAAAACAAACUUGGCGAUGAUAAAUCUUAA